GGUUGCCUCAAUCUCUUCUUUUUCUUUGGAUCAUUUCAAGAUCCUUAAUGCCUUGUGCAAAUCGGUCUUAAGUACCUUGUGACCAAUGGUACCUACUCCAAGGCUUUUAAGCCUCUUUUGAUAUGCAAAAUCUCUUCGCACUCGAUCUCAAUGCCAUCUUUAAAUCUCUGAACACAUUUUCUUGUUAGGAUCUUCACAGAGGCUUUUUAACUCUCCAUUAUUGCAACUAUAAACUCCUCGUUAGCAUGAUUCACUUUAUUAAAAAAAAAUUUUAAAUAAAUUUUUACAAAAUUAUAUAAAAUGUAUAAUAUUUUUAAGUUAAAAAGAAUUAAAUUUUUUUAUUUUAAAUAAAAAAAUUAUUAAAAAAAUUAAUUAAAUUGAAUUCUCAAAAUUUUUUAGACUUUUACCUGUGUUGAAGGAAAGAAAUCAGCGAUUGAGAGCCAUCCGUUUGUUAAGCCAUGGGCAUGUACCAUAGCCUCAUGUGUGGCUUCAGGUUUGUAAGAUUGAAACCUGGUCUUGCCAGUGAUUUUGAUCCAGAUUUCAAAUGGUAUGAAAUGGCCAAAAGAUGCUUCCUACGUCAAAGUCAGCCAAGAAUAGCGCUUCCCUCGUGUGAAUCGGCUAAGCUCCAGGGCCCUUUUUCUCCCUUCGAGACUUGAAGCUUUGCACUGGUUUUUGUUUACUGAAGUCUCAACUCAAACUUAUGCCAUAAAACAUCAUAUUGAGGCUCUAACAAACAGCAUUACCUCUUGAAAUUGAAAUGUUAUCCGUAUUUAAUUAGCUAAAUAAAGAUCAAUUAUUUAAGCGAGUCUAAUAUAUGUCAUUUAUUACAAUGUUUAAUUUAUCAUCUUAAAUAUUAUUACAUCUUUUUUUUUUUUAAAUCUCUCAAAUUUAUAUUUAAACACAUUGAUUGUAAUUUAAGAUGAAAUGAUCUAGUUUGAAAAACAGCUACCAUUUGUUAUAUGGAGAGCAUAAACAGAAAAUGGAAUUCUUUUACAUGGAAGAUUUGGAGAAAAAUGUUUUGCUUAAACGAUAUCUGGAUGUGGCUGGCUGCUGUGGCUUGCAUCGCAACUACACGCAUUCUUAAUUUCACGCUUGCCUUUGCUGUCGCCUGCUCCUCAUUUGCACGCAUCCAUCAUGUGCCCUGUCAUCUAUCCAGUUGCAUGCAUGAGAUCUUAUUCCAUUUCGUCAUUUAAAAAUAAAAUAAUAAUAAUAAUAAUAAUAAACUUAUUAUUUAUUUUAAUUUUCCUUCAUACAGCUAGCCACUCAGAUUUUUUCCCUAUAAAUUGGGAUAACAUUCUCCAUAAACCCAUCAGUGCAACAGUUUGAGAUUUGAGAGAUGGAAGCUAAACCCACAACUUCAAGCUAUUUUCUCACAUCUGCUCUCAUCACCUUUCUUCUGUUCAUAUCAAACUUGGAAAAUUCCUCUGCAGCCAUCACCAGUCCCACCACCACCAACACAACCAAAAUCUCUAGCAGUACCUACAAGAAGUACCUGAAAUCCGCCUGCAAUUCCACCACCUAUCCAAAACUCUGCUAUAGCUCGCUCUCUCGCUAUUACUCCACUAUCAAAACCAACGACCAAACCCUCUGUACCACCGCAUUAAACGUAAGCCUACAAGCUGCAAGCAAAACAUCUUCCUUGGCAGCAGCUCUGUCAAAGAAACGGGGACUGAGCCAUAUUGAGGCUGAAGUCGUUCAAGAUUGCGUUUACGAAAUGAGGGACAGCAUCGACGAGCUGAACCAGUCAUUGGAUGCUUUGGGCAGUCUUGAGUUCAACAGUUCUUAUGUAAGAUUCCAGAUUUCCAACGUAAAAACUUGGGUUAGUGCUGCUAUUACAGAUGAAGACACCUGCGUCGAUGAGAUUGAUGAUGAUGAGGUAAGCUCUUCAGUGAAGCAAAAGAUAAGGAAGAGUAUACUGAAUGUUGCAAUGGUCACUAGCAAUGCCUUGGCUCUUAUUAACAAUAAACUCUCUUACUAAUGACUGCUCUUGGAGUAUUACCCAAUUAAAUGGUGUUGAUUAUCAACUUUAUUUCAUAUGAUACUAAAUUUAAUGAUUAUUAUUUUAAAUUAUGUAAUCUUUAUAUGUAUUUUAAUUAAUUUUACACCAAUCUUAAUAAAAAUUUAUUUCAUGUUU